CCCAAAGCUCACCAGCAGAAAAGAUCCAUGCGACGCAUCUCUCUCGCGAACCAUUGAACACCCUUUCACACCUCCACUCCGCUCCCUCAUUUACUUCCUCUUCAAUUCAAUUGUCGUCAUGUCCUCGGUCCGCCUCCUCCGGCCGGCAGUGCGCCUCCUUACGCCAUCGCGUUCGGUGAUUACUCGCAAUGCCCCCCGAGCACUACCCAUCCAGUCUCGGAGAACAUACGCAUCAUCAGGAACCAAGGAGAUGACGGUGCGAGAAGCUCUCAACGAAGCAAUGGCGGAAGAAAUGGAGGCAAAUCCUAAAGUUUUCAUAUUAGGUGAAGAAGUCGCCCAAUACAACGGCGCAUACAAGGUUACUAAGGGACUGCUGGACCGCUUCGGCGAAAAGAGGGUCAUUGAUACGCCGAUCACCGAGUCGGGUUUUGCAGGUUUGGCUGUCGGUGCAGCAUUGGCGGGCCUACAUCCUAUUUGCGAGUUCAUGACUUUCAACUUCGCUAUGCAAGCCAUCGACCAGAUCAUUAACUCCGCCGCAAAGACGCACUACAUGUCUGGUGGUAUCCAGCCAUGCAACGUCACCUUCCGUGGUCCUAAUGGCUUUGCUGCCGGUGUUGCGGCACAGCAUUCACAAGACUACACUGCUUGGUACGGCGGCAUUCCGGGGCUGAAGGUUGUCAGCCCAUGGAGUUCUGAAGAUGCAAAAGGUCUGUUGAAGGCUGCGAUAAGAGACCCGAACCCGGUCGUGGUGCUUGAGAACGAGCUGCUUUACGGUCAAUCGUUCCCCAUGAGCGAAGAGGCACAGAGAGACGACUUUGUCAUUCCAUUCGGUAAAGCGAAGAUUGAACGCCCCGGCAAGGACCUAACCAUCGUCACACUCUCACGCUGCGUGGGACAGUCUCUCACAGCCGCUCAGCAGCUCAAGGACAAGUACGGAGUUGAGGCGGAAGUCAUCAAUCUACGCUCUAUUAAGCCCAUGGAUGUUGAGGCUAUCAUCAAAUCUGUUAAGAAGACUGGUCGUCUGAUGGCGGUCGAGUCCGGCUUCCCUUCAUUUGGUGUUGGUGCUGAGCUGAUUGCGUUGGCUGUGGAGUAUGGCUUCGAUUACCUGCAGGCACCACCUGUACGAGUGACCGGCGCCGAGGUCCCAACACCUUACGCGCAGAAAUUGGAGGAAAUGAGCUUCCCGACUGAGAGCUUGAUCGCGGAUUACGCGGCGAAGUUGCUAAAGGUGUAAGAUGAAUCCAAUAGAAGUGCGACGAAGAAAAAGUUUGGAUUUUUGAGACAGAUAGCAACGGAGCUUGCAUCUUUGGCGCAGUUUUCAUUUGUGUGUAAAAUCUUCUCAGGAAAUCCGGAUUUCUAGGUAGCGAGCGGUGGGUGUCAUGUCUCAUGGAUAGAGCAAACGGGUGUAGGUCUAGUUUAAUCGAGGGCGUCAUCGCGUUGAGAACCCAGUGUCACAGGACGGUUAUGAUGUCGUCCGACUCUAUUCCAUCCAACGUUUAUACGAACAUGUUAUCAGAAGCGAGCCAGAUUAAUCAUGUUCUGUUUAUCCCGGCAUUUAUUUCCUCAAACAAAAAGCUCAGUCAAUGUUCACGUGCCUUUCGUCAUAGCGACCGCAGAGUACGGUAUUAU